AUGACAGCUGGAGGCCUGACCGACGAGCGGCAGCCGCUGCUUGGCCAAGUAAACCCACCUGAAGACGGCGUACUUCAAGAAGUCGAACACGGGAAGGUCGAAGAAGAGACCGUGGAGGUGGCAGAGCUUACCUGGAGGUGGUAUGCGUUCUACGGGGCGCUGCUGGUAGCGGGACUCGUGGCCUUGACCUUGCUCAUCAAGGGAUUCAUCGAUGCAGGGGAUAAGGAUUUCGAUCUGAAAGGGGCGUUGAAGAGUGCUCUUGGAGGUGGCCUCAGUGGUGCUGCAGCGAUGGUUCUCCAAGUUCUGACCCUCAUGCCUCUGCGCACCGUCAUGAACUACCAAUACCGCUUCGGUACCACACUUAGGCAGGCCACCCAAACCCUCUACGCGGACGGCGGCUGGACACGGUACUACCAAGGCCUCAGUGCUGCCCUCGUCCAAGGCCCUGUAUCGCGGUUCGGGGACACCGCUGCCAACGCAGGGAUUCUCGCCCUUCUCGCCUCGAACACAUACAUGAAGAAGCUUCCUUCCUUCGUCCAAACAGCCUUCGCCUCUCUCGCCGCUGCGGCGUACAGGAUGAUCCUGACCCCGAUCGACACCGUGAAGACGACUCUGCAGACGCAGGGGAAACCCGGAAUCAGGAUCCUCCGGAGUAGGAUCAAGAGGUACGGUAUUGGCACUCUCUGGUAUGGAGCACUCGCAACAGCCGCGGCUACUUUCGCUGGCCACUACCCAUGGUUCGGCACCUACAACUAUCUUGAGGAGAAGCUCCCAAAGGCCGAUACGACGUUCGAGAAACUCUCUCGACGCGCUUUCAUCGGGUUCGUCGCCUCUAUCGCCUCUGACACGGUGUCCAACUCGCUCCGAGUCUUGAAGACGUACCGCCAGGUCAACGAGACGCGUAUCGGGUACACUGCGGCAGCGCGGGCUGUCAUUGCCGUGGAUGGCGUGAAAGGGCUGUUUGGACGCGGUCUGAAGACGAGGAUAUUGGCCAAUGGACUCCAGGGCCUGAUGUUUUCCGUUCUUUGGCGGUUCUUCAUGGAUCUGUGGGAGGAGAGGUCCAAGGCCAAGAUAGACUAG